AAUUUAUCCUAAUUCACAAAUUGAACAACAGUGCAUUUUCUAGGAAGGAUGAGAAAGCUAGAUCUAGAAGCUUUGCAUGGGGGGAGGCAGGACAUGGGGGCUCCGUUAUCUUGCCAGGUGGCUGUUUUCCAUGGCCCUCUGGCACCUCUUCCCUUCUUAUGCUUAUUCGAAAGCUCAGUUGCACAGUGACAUUUCACAGCUCUAGGAAGUCCUGAAGAAACACUUACGUCUUGGUGCUUUAGAAGUAGCUUUUCUCUAAAAGAAGUGUAGCUAUCCUUAAAAAAUAAUCAUUUUUUUUAUUGGUUUAAGAGGGCUUAAAAACAAACCACACACCUGGCUGUGUUCUUGCAUUUUGCCUCAGGAUGUCAGAAACCAUUAGAGGCUCUGGGAAAUGAAGACUUAGCUGAGACUUCCAGGUGAAGAAAUGGCGCUGGAAUUAUUUAGGUUGAAUUUUAGCCGGUGCUUUCGGAUUAGAAAUGGUGACAGAGCUCCAGAAUAUGACUGCACAGCCUGGCUGAAACACAUGACUCAGUGCAUUCUCUACAUUGGGUUUCUUGGAAGAGUGUUCACAGUUAGCUCUCCUUGCUCUUGGUUUCCCCAAAGCCAAUCACGGCAUUACUAAUCUGCCAUGGAGGUCUUGCGAUGAAAUACAGAUUUUUAAUCCCAUUAUUUUUUGUUAUGUGGUCUUAGAAUAUGCUGGGGUCUCGCGGGAGUUUUAUGAACCAUAAAUAAUCUGAGCUUGGCCAAAUCACCCUGGGCUAAGUGAUCUGUACCAGCUGUGAUGCUGUCCGCUGGUCCAGGCGUGGCUCUUGUAUAACUUCGGCAUGUAUGUGAUUUCCCCAGCGAGAGAGUUCUGCUUCUAGUCAUCGCAUCCAUGGCCACAGUCAGGGCAGGGCUCCAGUGUGCUGUGACGCUGUAGACAGGGACUGUCAGGUACCAGAGCUGCAGCUUGCAAGGCUGCAGUUUGCUUUGCUCGAAUAUCUCUUCCCAGGGAGUGUUUUAAGCCAUCUCAGUGAGACUUAAAGUAAAUGAAGCAGCCUGGUGCCCUUGGUGGAGGCUGAAUUGGCUGCUCUAAUCCUGCUUCCCUUAGAAGGCUGACUGGCUGCUGAUGGCUUUCACAGAGUGGUCAGGAUGAGUGUCCCCUUGGGCUCCAGAGUAAGUCACAACUUUAACGGAAUUACUGUAUUUUGGAAAUUUGGAUUUUAAUGCCUCCCUGAGUGCUUGUAAAGGUUUUGCCUUUCCAUCAAAUGCUCUUUCCCCUUGGAAAUUCUUUUUUUAAUGUGAAAAUUAAAACAUGUUGGCUCCAUCAGGCAUUACAGUCUGUAAACAAUCGUGGGACUGCCAGAAAUUGUAAAACAGCAUUGUUUGAAAUGGCAGGUUUGUAAAGGUUCACCAUGCAAUGUCGGGGAAAAAAAAAAUUGGAAGGAAGGUGCAUUCAUGGAAGCUUAAGGAAUGAACAGGGAAUUUAGAGGUUAGGCAGUAGGGGAUGAUGUUUAUCAUCAAGGGCUCAGACUCUGGAUUCAGAAAGAGCUGAAAAUACUUCGAGCUACCUUUCUGGGUAUUGUUUCCUGUGUAUAUCGUGAGAAGAGCAGUAGAACCAAUAGGCAGGGUGUAAGGAUUCAGUGAGAUGACAUACAAAAAGCACCUAGCACAGUGCUAGCCACAUAAUAAAUAUUCCAUAAAGGUUAGCUAUUACUGUGGUGGUGGUUGUGAUUGUUACCUUUUUAUCAUCUUUAUUCUAAGCGUCGUUGCUAAAAAAUAAGACAGUCUACUGAAAACGCAAUAUGCUCACAUCCGUUUGUGUGCAGAGAGGUUUAGCCGGCAGCAAAGGUGCCAUCUUCAGUCACUGUAAGGUCCCAAACCAUUCCCACUCAAAGGAACUUUCCACUAUUUCAACUCUAUGGACUGAGUUGACAGAAUAAAGUGUGUUGUCCGGGCUACUGUAUUUUGCUAAACUAAAAGUCUCGGGGUGGUAGAAUGAAAAUCAUCUAGCAUUAGCUGGGGCUCAGGCACCCUUAAAGAAGGUCUCCUGUUUGGCAGCUGACAAGUCUCCUGUAGAACGCUGCGGGCUCCACAUUGGAAUCAACGCAUUUCUAGAUUUCUGUACACGUUUCUCCUCUGAUGCAACGCUGCAUGUGUGAGAGGCCUGCCUUUUCUUUCUACUUUCUGUUCAAUGCAGACACUAAGCAUUUUCUCCUUCACGGAGGCCUUUAAAUAUGGCUUCACCUGCUGGAUGGCUCCUCGGAAGUUCCCAGGCUUCAUUUAUGCCAUCGUAUGGGUGACUUUAGCUUAUGGAUCAGCUGUUAAGGGAAAAGAAUGGGCCUCCCUUGCUCGCCUGCCUGUGACCCAGCCCGCUGCCCUUGAUUUCUGUCCACAGACAGGAUCCAUCCUUGCUAGGCUUUCGCCCUUCCUCUCUUGCCAGUGAGCAUACUUCAGUCGUGCUGUUUGACAGCUGUUUCUCCCUUUCCUUUCAACGUCUUUCUUUUAAAUUUAGAUGAACUGGAACUCCAGUGCAGAGGUCUGAAGGACAAAUUAAAAGAAGAUCUGCCUGCACUGCAAGUGCCCUCAGGAGGAGCACAUGGUGACGGUGAUGCCCCUGGCGAUGGAGAAGACUGUCAGCAAACUCAUGUUUGACUUCCAGAGGAACUCGACCUCGGAUGACGACUCAGGCUGUGCCUUGGAGGAGUACGCCUGGGUCCCGCCGGGGCUGAAGCCUGAACAGGUUCACCAGUACUAUAGCUGUCUCCCAGAAGAGAAAGUUCCCUACGUCAACAGUCCUGGAGAGAAACUUCGAAUCAAGCAGCUAUUACACCAGCUGCCGCCACAUGACAAUGAGGUUCGCUAUUGCAACUCCCUGGAUGAGGAAGAGAAGAGGGAGCUGAAGCUCUUCAGCAACCAGCGGAAACGUGAAAACCUGGGUCGUGGCAAUGUCAGGCCCUUCCCGGUCACCAUGACAGGAGCGAUCUGUGAACAGUGCGGAGGCCAGAUCAACGGCGGGGACAUUGCUGUGUUUGCGUCGCGCGCCGGACAUGGUGUUUGCUGGCACCCACCCUGCUUUAUCUGCACUGUCUGCAACGAGCUCCUGGUGGAUUUGAUCUACUUUUACCAAGAUGGGAAGAUAUACUGUGGCAGGCACCACGCGGAGUGCCUGAAGCCGCGCUGCGCUGCCUGCGACGAGAUCAUCUUUGCAGACGAAUGCACAGAAGCUGAGGGGCGACACUGGCACAUGAAACACUUCUGCUGCUUCGAAUGCGAGACAGUGCUGGGCGGCCAGCGCUACAUCAUGAAGGAGGGAAGGCCCUACUGCUGCCACUGCUUCGAGUCCUUGUACGCAGAAUAUUGUGACACCUGUGCCCAACACAUAGGGAUCGACCAAGGUCAGAUGACCUAUGACGGCCAGCACUGGCAUGCCACUGAGGCCUGUUUCUGCUGUGCUCAUUGCAAGAAGUCCCUCCUGGGCCGGCCGUUCCUCCCCAAGCAAGGCCAGAUCUUCUGCUCACGGGCCUGCAGUGCCGGGGAGGACCCCGAUGGCUCUGACUCUUCUGAUUCAGCCUUCCAGAACGCCCGGGCCAAGGAGUCCCGGCGCAGCGCCAAAAUCGGCAAGAACAAGGGCAAGACAGAAGAGCCCAUGCUGAACCAACACAGCCAGCUUCAGGUGAGUUCCAACCGGCUGUCAGCUGACGUGGACCCCCUGUCGCUGCAGAUGGACCUGCUCAGCCUGUCCAGCCAGACACCCAGCCUCAACCGGGACCCCAUCUGGAGGAGCCGGGACGAGCCGUACCAUUACGGGAACAAGAUGGAGCAGAACCAGUCACAGAGCCCCUUGCAGCUCCUCAGCCAGUGCAACAUCAGAACUUCCUACAGUCCGGGAGGGCAAGGGGCCGGGGCCCAGCCCGACAUGUGGGCCAAGCACUUCAGCAACCCCAAAAGGAGCUCAUCGCUGGCCAUGAAGGGGCACGGUGGCAGCUUCAUCAAGGAAUGCCGAGAAGACUAUUACCCGGGAAGGCUGAGGUCCCAGGAGAGCUACAGUGAUAUGUCCAGCCAGAGCUUCAGCGAAAACCGAGGCAGCAUCCAAGUCCCCAAAUAUGAGGAGGAGAUGGAAGAGGAAGGGGGCAUGUCCACUCAGCAGUGUCGGACCCGUCAUCCGAUCAGUUCACUGAAAUAUACUGAGGACAUGACGCCCACAGAGCAGACCCCGCGGGGCUCCAUGGAAUCGCUGGCGCUGUCUAACACAACAGGCCUCUCCGCGGAUGGUGGUGCCAAGCGCCAGGAGCACCUCUCCCGGUUUUCCAUGCCCGAUCUCAGCAAAGACUCUGGGAUGAACGUGUCUGAGAAGCUGAGCAACAUGGGCACGCUGAACUCGUCCAUGCAGUUCCGCAGCGCCGAGUCCGUUCGCAGCCUGCUCUCCGCCCAGCAGUACCAGGAGAUGGAGGGAAACCUCCACCCUCUCAGCAACCCCAUCAGGUACAGAGACCUGCAGGCCCACGGAAGGAUGCAUCAGAGCUUUGAUUUCGAUGGGGGGAUGGCGGGCAGCAAGCUGCCGGGGCCGGAGGGUGUGAGGAUCCAGCCCAUGAGCGAGCGCACGCGGCGGAGAGCCACUUCCCGCGAAGACAACCGCCGCUUCCGACCUCACCGGUCCCGGCGAUCCCGACGCUCUCGCUCAGACAACGCCCUCCACCUGGCCAGCGAGCGCGAGGCCAUCUCUCAGUUAAAAGAAAGGCCCCCCCUGAGAGCCAGGGAGGAUUAUGAUCAGUUCAUGCGCCAGCGGAGCUUCCAGGAGAGCCUGGGCCAGGGGUCCCGGAGGGACCUGUACGGCCGGUGCCCCCGGACUGUAUCGGACCUGGCUCUGCAGAACGCCUUUGGGGAGCGAUGGGGACCCUACUUCACUGAGUACGAUUGGUGUUCCACCUGCUCUUCGUCCUCGGAGUCUGACAACGAGGGCUAUUUCCUAGGAGAACCCAUCCCCCAGCCCGCCCACCUGCGAUACGUCACGAGUGAUGAGUUACUGCACAAAUACAGCUCGUACGGCCUCCCCAAGUCUUCCACGCUAGGUGGCAGGGGACAGUUGCACAGCAGGAAAAGACAAAAGAGCAAAAACUGUAUCAUUUCUUAAUCCGAUGGGGGUCAGGGGAUAGGGGAAGAUGGGAGGUAAGAAUGUAAAUUCAGAAACUUGCACUGUUUUAAAUUUUAAAGCUCUUUGCUUUGGUGGUUCCAGGGAGAGAUGAGAAGAGCUCUCUGUUGAUGGCGGCAAGGUCACCGACUGACUCAAUAGGUAGUCACAGUUCUUGGCAUGUUGAAUAUUAUUUGCACAUUUCACUUUGGAAACGCUAUAGACUCUACGGAGGCCAGGAUUGGUCACCUCCUUCCCGUCCGUCUGUGUUGAGCUGCCACUGGCAAGAUGGCAAAAUUGUUUCCCGCUCGCUUAUAUAUUAUAGCCUCUCUGGUUCUCUCCCUUUUAGGACCCUUUUUCCAGUACGUAAUUUGUUUAUUAGCCAGGACCCAACACUAAGUUAUUUACAUGUCCAUUGUAAAUGCGAUGUAAAUGAGAGUUCUGAUAAAAUAUUUUUGUAUUUUGUAAUAUCAAAGGAAUUUCUAUAUCGUAGGACUCAGUGGAGCCUUGCAUGCACGUCCAGCAUUGUCUUUGAGUAGUACUUCAAGGUGGUCCAGGACCACUUUUUUUUUUUUUUUCUUUUUUCUAUACAAAUUUGUUACAUGUCAGUGAGACCUUUUUCAAAGGAGUUUAUUCAAUUUGGCUUUUUGUGGCUGAAAAAAAAAACAUUACCUAUUACACCCAAAGCAUUUGAUGCUCCAUCUAUCUUGAGGAGCCAUCCUUAAGUCUGCUCCCAGCCUCAGUAGAAUCUCUUCUCUACAAAGUGAUAGUAACUUUUUUUUAAUUUAUAAUUGCCAGCAUAACUUUUGCCAAUUAGAAAAACCAACCAGUGUCAGUUAGGUUCCGUGAGAAACGCCAUCCCUGCUGGGAACAUUGAAGUUGCUUACCAUUGAUCUAUCCCUUGGGGAAAAUAAAGUGUCUGUGAGUGGUGCGGUUUGUGUGAUGUCAGCAUGACAUUGUUUUGAAUGUGGCAUUAUUUCCUGGUGCUCGUUUCCUGGAUCGUAUUAUCCGCUUUCCUUUACCAAGGCAGACAGCUGCCUUAGCCUGACAACCGGUUGUCCUCAGCGCAAAUGAACUUCAGCUUUGGGAAUUUCGGGCCAGAAAGGUUCCGAGGGACUCUGGGAGUGAUGGUGUGUUCUAGGUCGUAGGUCAUACGUGGAGAAGGAACAGGUCAAGGGUAGAGACUGAAGGGGAAUAUGAAGGAAGGUCAGAGCAAAGAAGAACUUCUGGAAAUGAAGUAGAGGAGACUUGACAACCACCUCGAAUAGCCCCCAGUGCUUGUGGGGAAAAAAAAACCCAGUUUAAUGUGCUCCGUAACCAGAGUAUCUGGGUUACCCAGAAAGAUUGAGCUGCUCAGGAGAUUUCCGUGUUAUGGUUUUGAAAAACAGAUGUUGCUGAAAGGGGGGUUUCCAUUUUGAACUUUGGGGACCGUCAGAUAGAAGAUGGGCUCAAAAGUGAGUUUGCUUAAAGAAGACAUUUAACGGUUGUGUUGUUUAUAGUAAAAUAAAACCUCCUACCUUGCUUCAGUUAAAA